UGCUGUACCUUCUUAUGUUAGCUUCAAUCAGAUAGACCAAUGUUAUAUUUAAAUGGCCAUGAUUGAUUGUUAAAUAUAUGUAUAGUUGAGAUAUAAAGAUUUUUCGGUAUCGAAACUACACAAAAUCUUCCAGAUAUCCGUAAAUAAGAUAUAAAAAGACAACAAUGACCGUGUUCUUUCAUCGACUGCAGAAGACAUUCUCUUUGAGGUGUCAAAGAUGAACACUCAAGGCUUUUACUGUGUGUUCUACAUCCUCUUGCUGACCAUGACUGUUCCGUCGCUCUGUGCCCAUGAGGCGCUUGAGGAUGCACCCGAUCGUGAGAAGAGAGACAUGGGGUUUGCUGUGGCACCUAUUGCAGUAUAUGCUGGAGCUGCCGUGUCGCCUUGGGUGUGGGCAGCACUUGUAGCCGCAUAUGGACUUGCGGCACUGCACAAGUAUCAUGUAUCGAGGACAUCUUCGGACAAUCACUCAUGUGCUAAUAACCGGGGCUGGUGUCGGAAAAAAUGCUGGGACCAUGAGCGCAUCGACCGCUACCACAGCGACGUCUGCGGCAAAUACUAUUGCUGCAGGUGAAAAAUAUAGACACGUUGAAAGUCCGGUACUUGGUUCGUUUGAUGAAAAGCAAAAUAUACUACCGUUCACUGUUUAUGUAUUAUGUAUACGUUCUGGAUGUUUCGAAGAUUAUUAUUUUUCACUUGUUGAGAAAGCAAAAUUAAACGCAUUAAAAAUUCAAGAUAUUGAUAAAAUGAACUUCUAGGACAUGAAUAUGAAUACUUUUAAUGGCUGUCGCAGCUUUUGUAAUUCACCUCCAAAAUUAAUGCGUCCUUUCAUUUAUCAUUUUCAUUUACUGGUUAGUUACAUACUUCUCACUAUACAAUGAAAUGUAAUAUAUCUUAACUGUAUUUCUGUUAUACAAAUAUAAUUAUUAUUAAAAUGCUAAUGUGCCUUGUUAAUUAUUCUGAAAUUAAUAAACAUAAUUAUGAAGUGUACGUUGUAUAUAGU